AUGACAUUCAAAGUAAGCGGUGCUGAAUUGUUUGACCCUUUAGUGGUCAAGGCCAUUAAGAGUGGUGCCUAUGGUGCCAUUUCUGCUGAUAAGAUCCUAGAAGAAAGAACCAAGAUCAAAUACCCUGAAUACUUGAGCCCUUAUAAGGCCGAAGACGCCGGGAAAUACAACAACUUCAAGAACGUUGACGGGGCUAAAAACGACAAGGGUCACUUGGGAGAUCCUACUUUCAAGAAUUUGUUCAAACCUGGUACUAAGGUCAAGACGGUGGAUUUGUCGCCCAACUACGGAACAGAAAUAGACGGUAUUCAAUUGAGCGAAUUAGAUGAUGCUGGGAAAAAUGACUUGGCUCUCUACUUGGAGACGAGAGGGUUGGCUGUUUUCAGAAAUCAGGAUUUCAGAGACAAGGGUCCAGCUUUCGCUAAACAGUUCGGAGAAUAUUUUGGUCCUUUACACAUCCAUCCAGUUAGUUUUGCGGCUGAGAAUUAUCCUGAGUUGUUGGUGACCUACAGACCAGCGGGUGGUGCAGAGAGAUACCCUGUACAGUUUGCCAACUCAACGAAUACCGCAGGCUGGCACUCGGAUAUCAGUUUUGAAGAGUAUCCAUCUUCUUUCAGUUUUUUCGUUGCUUUGGAAGCCCCAGAAAGCGGGGGUGACACUGUGUUCCUUGAUUUGAGAGAAGCAUACAAGAGAUUGUCACCUCAAAUACAGAAAUUCUUUGAAACUUUGACAAUUAUUCAUACCAACUAUUACCAGAACCAGUUUGCCAAGUUGAAGAACUACGAAGCAAGAGUGAAGGGCGAUUACUUCACGGAACAUCCUUUAGUCAGAACCCACCCGGUUACUGGCGAAAAAUCUUUGUUCUUCUCCAGAGGUUUUGCUCUUAGAAUUAAGGGUCUCAAGCAGCAAGAAUCGGACUCGAUUCUUAGUUUCUUGGAAAGUCACGUUUUGAACAACCCUGAAAUUCAAGUUAGAGCUAGCCAUCAAGGCACAGAAUCUAGAACUGUUAUUGCCUGGGACAACAGAAUCUCAUUGCAUACUGCAAUUGCAGACUUCUUGCAACAUGAGACUCCUGCGCGUCACCACUAUAGAAUCACUGUUCUAGGUGAAAAGCCAUUUUUUGAUGGUUCAGUUGAGGCGAAGACUAUUAAUGGUCACUCGAAUGGUCACUCCAAUGGUCACUCCAAUGGUCACUCCAAUGGUAAUUCGAAUGGCCAUUCAAAUGGUCACUCGAACGGAAAGUCCAAUGGAAAGUCCAAUGUAGGAGAUGUUAGUCUUGACAAAUUGACUAUUUCUUAA